CCGUGUUUAGCCUACUUACGGAGCACACAGAAGCCACUUCUGAGCAUGGCUUUUUUUCAAAUCACGUAAUUCAUGAAGAAUAAGAUAAAGAUUAAUGUAUACAUUUUAUUUCUAACUGGCAUGUGAUGAUCAACGCUGCACUGAACUGCAUCGUUAUUUAAACCAUGUGUCUGAACUCCAAGCGACAAUGCUUUGGCUCAUUUUGUGCGUCGUGGAUGUUCUUGUGGCCUCGUUUGAAGUGACUGUCCCUAAUAAACAUCUGCUGGCAAUUCAAGGUCAUCCAGCUGUACUGGGCUGUGAGUUCACACCUGAUCCUGACCUGUCCAGUCUGGUUGUUACCUGGCAACGACAGGAAGACUCACAAGUUGUUCAUAGUUACUAUUAUCAACAGGACCAACUGGACCGACAGAGUCCAGAAUACCACACUCGGACCUCAUUGUAUGUUUCAGAGCUUCAUAAAGGAAAUGCCUCUCUAAGGAUUGCAGCAGUUAGACCAAAAGAUGCAGGCCAUUACAUGUGCAUAGUGAGCAACACAAAGGGAACAGGAAAAGACCUGAUGGAAGUGACCUAUGAAGCCUCGUUUGAGGUGACUAUCCCUAAUAAACAUCUGGUAGCAAUCCGAGGUCGUCCAGCUGUACUGGGCUGUGAGUUCACACCUGAUCCUGACCUCUCCAACUUGGUUGUUACCUGGCAAAGACAGGAAGAUGCACAGGUUGUCCACAGUUACUAUUAUCAACAGGACCAAUUGGACCGACAGAGUCCAGAAUACCACACUCGGACCUCAUUGUAUGUUUCAGAGCUUCAUAAAGGAAAUGCCUCUCUAAGGAUUGCAGCAGUUAGACCGAAAGAUGCAGGUUGGUACCUGUGCACAGUGAGCAACACAAAGGGAACAGGAAGAGCCUUAAUGCAAGUGACCUAUGGAGCUCUUUACUCUGAGCCCAGGUUAAGCAUCCAUGUAAACUCAUCUACUUUGAAAGUGCAGUUUGAGACAGAAGGUUUUCCCAAACCUGAGGUGAUCUGGCUGGGGGAACAUGACCAGAACCUCAGCUAUAACCUGGAGAUCCACGGCCAGACAGAAGAUGGACUUUAUUUCAUAAAGAGCAUCUGUGAGGCCCAGAAGCCAGUGAUUAAUAUCUCAUUUACACUAAAGAACCCCCUCCUGAACCAGAACCUGCAGAGACCAGUGGUUCUCAGCUAUGAUGAGGACACCACAGACCAUAUGAUCAUUGUACUUGCUGUCCUCUCAGUGGUUUGCAUUCUUCUGGUUAUUGGCAUCAUAUGGUUAGCAGUGCAGAAGCAGAACAAGCAGAGAUCUUCCCUGUGAUGAUCUGAUGAACCAUGAGAAUUAAUGAAUGCCCAGAUCUGGCAAACAGGAGCAGUCUGCAUAAGUGCCAUCAUUCCAUGCUACAUGUGGGCCAGAUCAUCAUUCUACGGCUGCCAUAUGUGGGCCGGAACUGGGCCAACAAUAUGUUGCUAUCAUCUGGGUACUGGGACAUUAGAACCCAUGGGUGAGCACCCCCUAAUGGCCUCAAUAAUACCUCUUCCAGCAGCAACGUUUUUUUGGGUUUUCCCAGGAGGUCUCCCAUCCAGAUACUGACCUGGCUGAAUCCUGCUUAUUUUGAGUGGGAAACCAGUCUUGUGCUGCAGGAUGAUAUGACUGUGGUGAAAUUUAGGCAUGCAUACAUUACAACUCCAGUUCAAAUAUAAUUACACACAUUCUAAGCAUUGCACUCUGUCUGUAAACCUUUUUAGAAAUAUGUGUCAUCUUAAUUCUCUGUUCUCUUGUUUCGCAAUAAAUCUAGGGAGGGGACUGCCAUAUUGACAGCUUUGAUUAAUUGUAUUUAUAAGUAAAAAGGUUAUGGUCUUUAUGUUUCUCUUCCAGGCAGCUCAGUGAAAACAAUAUUUGUAGGGAAAACUGACAAACAGGUAUAGAAUUUCAUGAGGGCAUUAGAUUAUCACCACAUUUACAUCCUGGUAAUUCACCUUAAAAAACUGAAAUUCUGUCAUCAGGUAUGCAUCUUCAUGUCAUUUCAAACCUGCAUGACGUACCUUCUUCUCUGAAACACAAAAUAUUUCGAGUUUUCAACUGUUUUGUCCACACAAUGAAAGUUAAUGCCAUUCAAAACAACACUGGAUACCCCUGACUUUCACUGUAUGGACCAUAUUUAUUAUUAAACUGGAUUUGAUUUAACACUAUAUUGACGUCAAGCUUGAAGCAUGUUUCUUGAGGAGUGAAAACUUUGAAGACCCUGCAGAGACAUUCAUUCAAUUUGAAAUUCGUUCACACAGUGGUAGUGAUACAUUUCACAAAUAUGAAUUGUUUAUUCAGUCCAGUCUGUAAAAACUAAGUGACCUAGGAAAAAUGUGUUGUAUGUUUUUGUUUUCUUUUAUUUUUGUAUUAUUUUUACUCAGCAGUCAAAUCAGUGACACAUUGUAACUUGAAUGAUGGUGGUUACACAACAAAUCUUUACAAACAAUGUUUUUGAAUACAGCUAGAUGCAUGACUUGCUUCAAAUGUCAUUCAGAGUAACCUGAAGCUGGUGACAAUUACACACACUACAUUUAGAACAAAUCACAACCCACAAGUACAAAUCACAAGUACAUUAAUAUAAUGUACUGUAGCAAUAAUUUUACAUAGUUGUUUAUUAAUCAAAUGUUAAAUGACUAUGACGUGUUAAAUUACUAUGUCCUUCAGUUUCAUCUUUUUAAGACGGUCUUUGUCUUGGUUAAAAGUCAAGUAAACAAAAAAACCUCCCAUUUUAUUUUGUUUGUUAACCUAUGACAUUACAUAUUUUUGUUUAAGUGGUAGUGUGGCAUAAGGCUAAAUAAACCAGUUAAAAUAUUUAUGUAUUUUUAUUUUCAUUCUUUUCUUCUGAGGUGAUGUGAAAAAAUUUUUUCUCAGUGACCUACAAAGGACAGUUAUUCUUAAGAUAAUAAACAUUACCUCAUGCACCCACUGUGCCAGCAGCAAAUUCUUCAGAAUAGGAAUGAAUUCACAAACCCCACAGAUGUCAUUUGUUCUGAAAGGU